AUGGAAAAUUCAACCCAGGAAUCCAACCUCCGAUCCGAAAUCUGCGUCACCUAUGAUUCUCCCUACCCAAUCUACGCCAUGGCUGUCUCGAACGCCGCCGCCGCCUCCGCCUCCACCCACAUCCGCCGCAUAGCCGUCGGAAGCUUUAUUGAAGAGUUCAACAACCGGGUUGACAUCCUUUCCUUCGAUCACGACGCCUUAUCCCUCAAACCUACUCCCUCCCUCUCCUUCGACCACCCUUACCCACCUACCAAGCUCAUGUUUCAUCCCACCCCCGCCACCUCCGCCGCUAACAUCCUCGCUUCCUCCGGGGACUAUCUCCGCCUCUGGGAUCUCCGUGACUCAUCGAUCGAACCUAUAUCGGUUUUCAAUAAUAGUAAAACGAGUGAAUUCUGCGCCCCGUUGACCUCUUUCGACUGGAAUGAGGUCGAGCCGCGGAGAAUCGGCACUUCAAGCAUUGACACCACUUGCACUAUAUGGGACAUUGAGAAGGGUGUUGUGGAAACUCAAUUGAUAGCACACGACAAGGAGGUUUAUGACAUUGCUUGGGGUGAAGCAGGGGUUUUCGCUUCAGUUUCAGCAGACGGUUCUGUGAGGAUUUUUGACUUGAGGGAUAAGGAGCAUUCCACCAUUAUAUAUGAAAGCCCACAGCCCGACACUCCUUUACUGAGAUUGGCUUGGAAUAAGCAGGAUUUAAGGUACAUGGCCACGAUUUUGAUGGACAGCAAUAAGAUUGUAAUAUUGGACAUUCGGUCUCCUACAAUGCCCGUGGCCGAAUUGGAGAGGCAUCAGGCGAGCGUAAAUGCAAUAGCAUGGGCGCCACAGAGCAGCAGGCACAUUUGCUCUGCUGGAGAUGACGGGCAGGCACUUCUUUGGGAGUUGCCUACAGUUGCAGGGCCUAAUGGGAUUGAUCCCAUAUCUAUGUACGCAGCUGGUGCUGAGAUCAAUCAGCUUCAGUGGUCUGAGGUGCAGUCUGACUGGAUUUCCAUUGCCUUUGCAAACAAGUUGCAGCUGCUUAAAGUUUGA